AUGGCGGACAAUUCACCGCGGGACGAGCCGAAAACGGAAGACGAUGCAAAAUCUCCAUUAGAUGAAGUCAAAGACAUUAGAAAAGAAGCAGAAUUGACGCAGACUGGAUCCGCGGUCAAACAAGUCGCUGAUCCAGAAUUCAUCACAGUUCAAGAUCCCACUGGAGAAGAACCUAUAGAGCUGCCAACAGACGAUGGAUCAGUUUUGAUGACCACGCUUCAAGCAUCGUUUCCCGGAGCAACAGGAUUGAAGUACAAAAACCCUAAAACUGGCGCAAAUAGAGCUGUUCAAGUCGACCCAAGCGGUUUGAGGUUACUUGCACCUGCCGAUGGAUGGGAGGACAAGACAUUCAAUGUUAUCAUCGCAUCACAGAGCGAGAGAGUCAGAGCGUUGUCAUCAGCUGACGCGACGAGUGCGAAAAGACGUAAAGUGGGAUCGAGUGACGACUCGGAUUCGGAUGACGGUCGUGACGGACGGUCAGGCAGGAAGAGAGCGGUUGAGAGAGACAGUCAGCCAGUUGACCUCAUCGUGCUCGGUGUGGACUUCAAAACUGGCGACGAGUGUUUUCAAAAGUACUUCGAAGAAAUAGGAACUGUUGUGUUCUGUGAGAUAAAAAGAAAAUCGGAUGGCAGCUCGAAAGGUUUCGGCUUUGUUCGAAUGGCAUCAGUCGGUGAACAAAACAAAGUGCUCGCUAUUCCACAACACAUGAUAGACGGACGUCGAUGCGAUGUCAAAGUUCCCGAUGGAAGGGACAAGCAAGGCAGACCAUCUAUCAGUCGAAUUUUCGUUGGUAGGCUCACAGACAAAGUCGACGAAAAUCAGUUACGAAAAGUUUUUGGCGAUGAGGCAAAAGUAUAUGUUGAAACUGCUGUUGUGACGGACGUUUUCAUUCCAAAACCGUUCAGAGGAUUUGCAUUUGUAACUUUGUCUAGCGCAGAAGCUGCAGAAAGUAUUGUGAGCAAAGGAUCCCUGACUGUGAAUGGGCUGUCAGUUGGAUUGAGCAUUGCCCAACCAAGGGAAGAGAACCAACCAUUUGGUCCGGAUUAUGGAUUACCAGCUGGCUACCGGAACCGAAGAGAUCGUGAACGUCCAGAACGGCGGAUAAAUCAAAACGAAUCUCAUUCUCCACUCCCAAUGCCGUUUGUACGUCAAGACUUUGGCGGGUAUCGACAACAACCACAACAACAGAAUUCUCCUCUGGAUCGAAGAUAUUGGCCAACAGGAGACUCAAAUCGCCAGUGGUGA